CUACUGGUAUAAAAGGCGUCUCUGUACUCGUAUCAAUCAGAAUCAGGACGAUCUUCGACUCGAUCGCAUACCAGCAUCCAACUCAAACCCCUAACCAGCAAUCAUGAAGUGCAUCGCAGCUGUAGUCAUGGUGGCUCUGGCCGUCGUCGCUGAGUGCGGCCUCAUUCCGGCUCCGGUGGUGUACUCUGCUCCCCAGAUGACUGUAGUCCAGCAGAAUGUGGCUCCGAAGUACGUGGUUUCGGCCCCUCUCGCGUACGCCGCGCCCGCUUACUCCUAUGCCGCUCCCGCUUACUCCUAUGCUGCGCAAACCGUCUCUUAUGCCGUCCCAGCCGUCUCGUAUGCCCGUGUCGCCUCAGUAGCUCCAGUCGCCUACUCCGCGCCAUCGUUCUACGCUGAUUCGGAUGUGGUGGAAGCUGCUCCAGUGUCCGUAGCUCCUGCUGCCACCGUCGUCGCUCAGCCUGCCGUGGCUGUUGUCGCCCAGAAGGAGGCUCGCUAUGUUGCUGCCAACCGUGGCGCCGUCCACGAGGCUCCUCUGGCCGGACAUGCCGUCAACCAGCAGUCCCUGAACCUUGAAGCUGCACCAAGAAUGAAGGUGAUCAAUGAGGCGACUGUAAUAUACAAGACCAAUGAGCAUGGUACAGUCGUCAACUCAUACGACUUAACAACAUGCCCGUGAUGGGUUCAAGCCCCA